AGCACUUAAGUGGAAAAACUUUGAUUUAUACAUCAGUAGUUUCUUUAUUUGAGACGACCUUAAAAGAACAAUUACCAACUUCUUCACGGAAUUGAACUAGGAGUUAAUUAGAAAAAAUCUUAUUUAAGAUCUGUUCCAUCUUGCGAAGGUUUAGUCGAGUAAUGCCAUAAUGUUGGAGAUUGUUGUCAUUCUGUUCCUUCUAGAAUAUCAAGUGGAAGGUGUAGUACAAAAUGCCAGCUGUCCAGAAAUUGCACCUAUGGAGAUUGAUUUGAAAGAACUAGACGGAAAAUGGUAUUUAGCAGCCGUCGCGUCUGAUAUGAACAUCGAUGGAGACUGUGCCAUGAUCAUGUUCAGCCACAAGACCAACAACACCACCGAUAUCUCCAUCCACUGGAUAGCCAACAACACCUCCAGCUUCUACAACGGGUCGGUCUCCCUCGCUGUCGAUGCUAAGAGCAACAACGACGUUCUUCUUGUUACUUAUACAGAUCAAAAAACAGAAACAUAUUCCAUAUUGGGUAUAAACUAUGAGCACUAUGCUGUUAUAUUUGCGUGCUAUGACGAUCCAGUUGGAAACAGCAGUACAUAUGAGCUUUGGAAGUUGACAAGAUCACCACAUCUGAAGAAGAGUGAUGCAGUCAAAUUGGACCAAGCUCUUAUCACUUACAAUCUACAGAACACGAGUUUCAUGUUCUUCAACAACACUGAAGAUUCUUGCGUCAUCAGUAAGGCUUACUCGCCCAAUUCUGCGUCCCUACUCAUAAGUUCAGCUGCUGCUAUGGCAUUAUUCAGAAGGUUGUAUUAAAAAUUAGAAGUUAAGGUAGUUUUAAUUAACCUAAUGA